AUGGCUUCUUCGAAUGGUGAGGCUGAGCAACAAUGGAUAGAGAAUGUUAAGUCAGGAGGAGCAGUUCCCUGUCUAACACCUGAAAACUGUCCUAAUGGCUGGACUACUCCUUCUGGUGAUUCAUUUAUGGUCAGAGGCCCAGAAUAUCUUACAAACAAGGUAAAAAUACCAGGUGGAGAAUAUCUUCUGAAGCCUCUUGGAUUUGAUUGGAUCAAAGGACCAGCAAAAAUCUGUGAGAUCCUGAAAGACAAUAAUCAUCGAGUUAGAAAAGCUAUUGAUGAGGAGGUUUCACAUGGUAACCAGCCUUUUGUCUGGGCAUUCAACUUGCAACUGCCCAAGGACAACUACAGUGCAAUAUUCUACUUCGUAUCGCUAGAGGCUAUACCUGAAGGCUCACUUAUGGACCAAUUCUUGAAAGGAGAUGAUGCUUUCCGAAACUCAAGGCUUAAGUUAAUAGCAAACAUUGUUAAGGGGCCCUGGAUUGUUCGGACUGCUGUUGGUGAACAAGCCAUCUGUAUAUUGGGGAGAGCCCUUUCGUGCAAGUAUACUCAAGGAUCAAACUUCAUUGAAGUUGAUGUGGAUAUCGGGUCUUCUAUAGUUGCAAAUGCAAUUGUUCAUUUGGCAUUUGGCUAUAUCACAACGCUAACUGUAGAUUUGGCCUUUCUCAUUGAGAGUCAAACUGAAUCAGAGCUCCCUGAGAGACUUCUUGGAGCCGGAAGGUUUUCUGAGUUAAAUCCUGGAUCAGCUGGUUUGUUUGAAAAGCGAUCUGAAGAGCAUCAGGAAAGCACUCAGUCUCGGCCUGUAGGAUUUUGGCAGGGUUUCUCUCAGCUGUUAAACAACCAAGGCAAUCCGAGGGAGCCAUCCCCUACUUUGCAGAAUACUAAUGGAAGUUUGCACAAAGAAGAAGCAAAUGAGAAUUCUAAAUGGUAA